GAAGUAUCUUUAUCAUCUCUAACAAUGAUUAUAAUUUGUUUGCUAAAUGGGUGUUGCUUUUUGUUUUUAUUUUUUAGGUGGAUGUGUGGUCUUUAGGAAUCACAGCCAUAGAAAUGGCAGAAUACGAUCCUCCACACAUUAAACUCCGUGGUGCUGAGCUUUCCGAAAGGAUUAUGAAUGGUCCAGCUCCAGCUCUAAAAGAGGAUAUAUGGAGUAAUAAAUUCCAGAGAUUUAUUAAUAAAUGCCUUCAGAAGGAUCCAGCCAAAAGACCAUUCGCAAAGGAACUCCUAUUAAACCGAUUCAUCACAUAUAAUCGAGAUGAAGACGAGGUGCAAUAUAGCAUAGCAGAGCAUAUACAUAAAGGUAAUGCAAAUGACUCAUAUUCUCUACAAUCAAAAAGCAAUUACUGGGAAAUCUUUAAUGUCUAUGUGGUUAUUCAAGGCUUUAGGUAUUUAAGGAUUCCUAUUUUGAUCACUAUCCAAAAAAUUAGGGAUUUUAGGGAAUUUUCAUUUUCAGGUGUAAUUAGUUUUUUUUAAUUACUAAUGGUUUUAGCUCCAACCAGUU